AUGUCAAAAAAACAUAAGGAACCCUUGUCGUUAAGCACCACCACAGAGAAAGAUUCUCUAUUUUUCAGUAGUUACGUAGCGAAAAGUCCAGAUAGUCAACAAAUUGUUACUUUUAGUCCAGAAUUUAAGUUAUAUGAUAUUAAUUAUUUAAGUUCAAGUAAACAUAUUUCUACACCUGGAUAUGGAAGUAAUGAUAAACACCUUUGUGACUUAGAAUCUGGUGAGAAAUAUCUUCGUCCUCAAAUGUGGGUUGUCUAUACUAAUGAUGAUGUAAAUGAAAUAUAUACUUCUUCAAUUAGUGGUGUUAUAAGAUUUAUUGAUAGUGAUGAUACGUCACGAAUCUUCGUUAGCUCCCAGCAUCCUCCUAUCCUUGCCAUCUCUCAAAAUAAAAAUAUUUUAGUAUUUUGUUGGGGAACCACAAGCAUUACAUUAUUCUUAAUGGAAAAUGGUUUAGAAAUAACUACUAAACAAUUAGAAGGUCAAAGAGAAAUUUAUAAAAUUGUGGAUAUCAAUUUUAUUGAUAAUAUUAUCCCUCGUUGUGCAUAUGGUAGCCUUAUCUCACCACAUGUAAUUGGGGGACGAGAAGUCCUGCACAAACGUUGA